GCCUUCAUAAGCUAGCUUGUUCCCAUGCCUUUUGCCAUUCACUAAAAGUCUUUCAGGUGCCUUUCCUGCGUUAACUAGCCGGUGGGCCAUAACAAUCGGUCUCCAACCAUGUCGUUGAGCAGGUACCAGCACCCCAUCGGUAACAUUGUGGACGCUGAGAAUGUCGACCCGCUUAGCGGGCUGCUAAGCACGCUACGGUCUUCAAGCAGUGGAGCUGGAGCUGCCGGCAAGCAUACAAUCGUUGAAUUGGGAAGGACGCCCUUCUCUGACGUCACUGGUAGAUACCAGCAAACAUCUGGUGAAGGGAUUGCCCAAGCCGGCCCACGGCCGGUUCCUCAGGCGUCCACCUCGCUGUUUUCCUCAUCAAUGACCGGCACGUGGCUGCAAGGCGCUCCGAAUGUCAGCACUGGCAGCUUGCGCCUCAUGCGGUAGCCAACUGGCAACCCUUCCCGUAGUUACGAGGGUUACGAGGGUCAACUUGCCCGGCAGCACUCCGGCAUUUUGACAGCAACUUCAACUUUGCUACUCUUCUACUCAAGUACCCAAGAGAGAUGCAAGGGUUGUAUAACCCGGUGCAAACUGAUAUGGUUUCUGCCGGCUUUCUCGUAUGACCUGUUCUUGCAUUUAGCUGCUGGCUAAGCAGUAUAGUUGUUCUACCGCAAUGCGUCCGUCUCCCCGGUGUGUAGGGGUUUUUUCUUUAGGUAGACAUUGUGUGUGAUUGAAUCGCCUUUAGACCCCAUGACGGCCCUGGACAGUCCUGUAGGACACGUGUCACGACCCGCUGCCAGUUACUUGCAGCCAUUACAAGUCACUGUGACCACUGUCUGUCCGUGAGACAAUGGAUACUAUAACUUAUCCAUGCGUGAUCCAAGCCCAUAUUGUUUCGUGAUCCAAGCUUUUCGGUUGAGAGGAAAUGUCAUAUAAACCCAGUAUUCGCUGGAAAAUACCCGGGCGGUCCGGGCCUUCUUCCUGCACAAUGUAACGACAGCGAAUUG